ACAAAGCAAAACCCAAAUUCAUGGAAAACAAGUCCGGCGAAUUCGCAAUCACAAGAAUGGCAAGACAUUUUCGGCCAGCUCAUUACUUACUAAAAAUACAGUCAUACUCUUUACUGUGUGAGACUGGGGUUGAAAAGUAUGACUCUGGUGUAUUUGAAGUUGGCGGCCACAAAUGGAGGUUGUCUCUCUAUCCAAAAGGAAAUGAGAAAAUGAAUGGGGCUGGUCACAUCUCCAUUUAUUUGUCAAUUGUUGAUACAGAAAAAUCUCCUCUGGGAUGGGAGGUUAAUGCCAGCUUCAAAUUGUUUGUGUAUGAUCAGAUACGGGACAAGUUCUUGACCAUUCAAGAUGUUGAAGGGGCAAUUAGAAGAUUUCAUGACAUAAAGACUGAAUGGGGUUUCGACAAAUUUCUCCCUCUUGAUUCUUUCAAUGUUAUUUCAAAUGGAUACCUUGUCAAUGAUUGUUGUGUAUUUGGUGUGGAGAUUUUUGUUCAUGAACGUAGUGCAAAACGAGAGUGUCUUACCAUGAUAAAAGAACCUCCCAAUCGAAUUAUGACUUGGAAGAUUGAAAACUUUUCGCAAAAGGAUAGAGUAUUAUAUGCUUCUCAAGUAUAUGUUGUUGGAGAAUUAAAAUGGAAAAUACUGAUUUAUCCCAAUGGAUUUUAUAAUGAAGCACCCAAAGCAAUUUCCGUCUUCCUCGACUCAGUAGAUUGUGUUGCACCUGAUUACAAAUUUUUUGUGGAUUUUAAGCUGCGGAUAAGGGACCAAAUUAACAAUGAACAUGCAGAAGAAAGAGCUAGACACUGGUUCUCUGCCUCAUGUAACGACUGGGGUUUUUCGCAACUUUUGUCACGAAAGGAUCUUGAGGAUGCAUCCAAGGGGUUUCUUGUUGAAGAUACCUUGAUUGUAGAAGCAGAAAUUAUGGUUAUGUCUACUAUAAAGUAGUUCUACAUAUUUAUUUAUAUUUUGAUGAAAAGUUCUACAUAUUUAUAGUUUGUUUGG